CCCACCCCAUGGCGCUGACGGCGCACUCCUUGUGUUUUUACACCCCUCUCAACGCAGACUUUUCAACGUGAUCGGCCCCUGUUUGUCGAUGAUGGAGCCUCAAGAACGCACAUCAACCGCGCUUGUGCGCAAGCGGACCGACCUCGAAUUGAUGCCACCACCGCCCGCCGCGAAGAAAAUCAAACGCCCGAAAAAGGUCAUUGACGAAGAUACCUACACCGACGCCCUUUCGCAAAUCAUUGCACGCGACUUCUUCCCCGGACUUCUUGAGGCGGAGACCCAGCAAGAGUAUCUCGACGCUCUCGAAUCAAAAGAUAAGGCAUGGAUUUCCAAUGCUGGCCAGAGGCUAGAGCGUGUGAUGACGCCAGGAAGGAAUAGGGUGAAAAGGCCUAUGUCUUUUAAUAACGGUGGACGGACGCCCUCUGCAUACGGUGCUGAUACACCGGCAUCGACGGUAUCCGAAGCGCCAAAGCCAGCCGUGGACACGAACAUGAGCCUGGCCAAUUUCCAGGCCACCUACACCAGCGAGGACAAUGAGAGCUUUUACAAGCUCAUGGACAAACAAAACCAGAAGAAGGCAGAGAAGUACGAGUGGAUCUGGCGAGGGAACAAACUGCCUUCAAAACAGAUGAUCAAACAGGCGGAGGUCGAAGCCAAACUGCUGGAGACAAGGAGUUUGGUUGACGACGGGUGGAAAAGGGACAGACUGGCCAUCAAGGACGUGGAUGACAGACCAGCCAGACCGGACAGUUGGAACGCCAAUCCCAAGAACAACUUGAUGUUCGGCCCAGAUGGUGUGGACGAUGACUACGAGAGCCCGGCUCAGAGGGCGCAGGCCCAGUCGAUGAUGCCGCCUAAAUCGAUCAACUACCAAAACACAAGGGUGCCGCAACCAGAAACCGCAGAGAGGCCGUCAUCUCCGACGCUCUCUGCUGUGAGAGACGCGAUUGCUGGCAAACCUCGUAAAGAAGACCAAGCUUCGAGUGCUGUCGGGGGCGGAGAGACGCCGAGAGUAAAUGGGUACGCCUUUGUAGAUGAUGAAGACGACGACGACCAAGUUCUCCCUGCGCCCAUCAUCAACCUCGGUCCUGGCGACGCUACGCCAAACCCGUUCAAGCUGCAAGAACACAGAAAACGAGAGACUUUGCAUCACCGUCUAGUUGAGCGCGCAGCGCAUUCGAAGAGAGAAUCUGUGAAGAACGGAUUGACUGGAAAAUUGGACAGGACACCGGUGCCCAAGUUUCCGUCUAGUUCACGGGUUUCGGGUGGCCUAACGCCGGCCGCCCAAAGGUUAUGGGGGAAGAUUGGCAGCCCAAGAGCAGGCAGCCCGCAUACUUCGUCUCUGAAGGCGACACCAAUGAGGGCAAGAGGAUCACUUUUGAAGGGCGGUGCCUCGAUCGUUUCUUCGAUGAGGUUCGCCGAUUUUGCUGUCGAUUUGGCAGCUGUGCUCGGCGCAUCGCGCUCUGUCGCAUCCAGACAUGUUGCACUGAGAGGCCGACAGCUCGAGAGCUUCACCAAAGCUUCUAGCUUGACACGCAAAUCCCCGACAGCACCUGAGCACACACGAGACGACGCCGCAACAGAAGCGCCAGCCCCUUCUGAGGCCCCAGAAGCUCAGACACCAACUAAAAAUGAGACGCCGCCGUCGAAUAAGAACUCAACAUCUCAAGCUAGUCAUCCCUCACUCACACCGUCAAGCAACUUCCAGCCCAACCUCAACAGUGCAUCUGGUAUCUCACCAAGCUCAGUGUCGGCGGACGACCUCCCUCAAGGUGUCAACGUCAACAUCUUCCACAGCACCCGUGCCGCCAAGUUGUUGGGUAAAGAGGGAGAACAACCAAAGGUUGACUUCGGUCCCCGGAAGAAGCUCCCGCCAACGAAGCUCCCCGAGUUUGUUGAUUUCUCAAAGUUGUCCAAGGAUGCCGAGAUAAAGAAGUCGGCUACCCCCGAGAGUGCUCCAAGCACUUCCCAGACCACUCCUCAACCCGAAGUUGUCACGAGUGAAGCGCCGAUACCUGCAGAGCCUGCGUCUGCUACCGCUGCUCCUACCGGUCCGGCACCAAAAGAUGAACCUCCCGUCGAAGCUAUUUUGGGCGCUGCCGUUGACCAAACAUCAACCCCAGCAUACGCUCUCAGGGAAUCCAGCGUACCCGCCACACGUCUGAGCAGACUUUGGAACUAUGGCGGUCUGGCAGCAGGAAUGAUGGGUGGUGCCAUUACCGAGAGCAUCGGCAGAGCAUUUGGCGGCGGAGGUGAGGGUUCAGUGUUGCUCAGUGCCGGCAAUAUGGAAAGACUUGUCGCAAAGCUAUCCAGAAUGCGCGGCGCUGCUCUGAAGAUGGGUCAGAUGAUGAGCUUCCAGGACACGAAGAUGCUCCCGGGACCGAUCCAGGAGGUUCUGCAGAGAGUGCAGGACCGUGCCGACUACAUGCCGGCAUGGCAGAGAGACAAGGUCCUCAAGGCCAACCUGGGCGCGGAAUGGCGCGAGCUGUUUGAAGACUUUGAGGAGAAGCCUAUUGCUGCCGCGUCCAUAGGACAAGUUCACCGGGCCACCUUGAAGGAGAACGGUCGCAAGGUCGCGGUCAAGAUUCAGUUCCCUGGAGUUGCAGACUCGAUCAAUUCUGACCUCGACAACCUCGGCAUUCUCUUAACCGCCACUAAGCUCCUGCCGAAGGGUCUGUACUUGAACAAGACCAUUGACAACGCCCGACUUGAGCUGGGUUGGGAAUGCGACUACGAGAGAGAAGCGCAGUGCCUGAUCCGUUACAAGGAGCUCUUGGCCGAUGAACCAGACACUUUCCUCGUGCCCGACGUUCAUCUGCAGGCCUGCGGAAAGAACGUUCUAACCAUGGACUGGAUGGAGGGCGUGGGCGUCACCAGAGUCAAGUCCUUCACCCAGGAGCAAAAGGACUGGAUCGGUACCCAGAUCCUCCGUCUCUGUCUCAGGGAGAUCACCGAGUUCAAGUUCAUGCAGACUGACCCUAACUGGACAAACUUCCUCUACAAUGCCGAGACCAACAAGCUCGAGCUUCUCGACUUUGGUGCUUCCCGGGAGUACCCCGACGAGUUUGUCACCCAGUACGUUCAGCUUCUCGCCGCGGCCUCGAGAACCGACCGAGAGGGAGUCAAGGCGCUAUCUGAGAGCCUCGGAUACCUCACCGGCCACGAGAGCAAGCUCAUGGUGGACGCACACGUCAAAUCGGUGCUCACCCUCGCGGAGCCCUUCCUCGGCUCCGCACCCGAAGUCUACGAUUUCCAAGACCAGACCAUCACAGAGCGCGUCAAGGCUCUCAUCCCCGUCAUGCUCCACGAGAGACUUGCGCCGCCGCCCGAGGAGACUUACAGUCUGCACCGCAAGCUGAGUGGUGCGUUCUUGCUUUGCGCGAAGCUCGGCAGCAAAGUUAGAUGCCGCGAGAUGUUUGAGGAGAGUCUAAAGAAGAACGGAUACAAUGCUUAA